AUGUGGUGGGCAGUAUGGUGCAUUGCUGUGGCGGCGAUGGGAGCUUUCGCAGCGGCAGGACCUUCAGGUAGCGCACUUGCUCCAAUCUCCGCUAUUGACUGGGAACAGAUCGACCCAUCUGCCCCUGAAGACGAGAACCUGAAUGCUGUGCCAUCGAUGGGCGGGCGCUACGCAGCUGCUGAGCCUUGGCUCUACCUGCUUGCUGAUGUUCCAAGGGAAUCACAGAGAGAGGAGUGGAGCGAGGGACGUGGGCGACCUAAACGCAAGAUGCCUUCGCUCUCCAUCAACAACCCCAUGGAGGUGCUGCGACAGCGGUUGCUACUUGAGGUGGCUCGUAAGCAGAUGCGUGAGGCCAACCAGCGACAAGCUGUUGCCAACAGGGUGUUUUUACAGAAUGUUGGAAAACGAGGAUUUUGGGCGCAUCCAGCUUCAUCCCCCUACGAGAACUAA